AUGUACAGGAUCUUAUUAUUUUUGUGUUAUUUAUUAUACUGUGUUUACAUUCAGUUGAAACGUCAAGCCAGAUUACGCAGAGAAUUUAUUUACAGAAGAUCGAUUGAAGUUCGAGAUGCUGAAAACGAAAAGAAGAAAAAGAUGUUAAAAGUUGCUUUAGCUGAAGGGAAAGUGCUACCUAAAGAAAUUCAAGAAGGUGCUUUACAGUUAAAUGAAGAAUUAGACUGGAGUGAUGGUGGCGGUGAAGGAGUUGCUAAUUAUCAAGAUGAUGAGUAUCUUUGGGCUGGAACUGAUGAUCCGCGCGUUGUUAUCACUACAUCACGUUCUCCUAGUUCAAAACUAAAAGAAUUCGCCAAGGAAUUACGUUUUCUCAUUCCGAAUGCUGCUAAAAUUAAUCGUGGUAACUACUUGAACAAGAAUUUGUUGGAAGCUUGUUUAGCAAAACAGAUUACUGAUAUCGUUAUUGUCAACGAAUCACGCGGCGUCCCAGACACUUUGAUUAUUAGUCAUUUGCCGUUUGGUCCAACUGCUGUAUUCACUUUAUACAAUGUACGCACACGUCAUGAUAUGGAGACUAUGGGUUGUGGCACCGGAGCGAAAAUGCCUCAGACAUAUCCUAAUCAUAUAUUUAAGGGAUUAAAUUCCAAAUUAGGUCAACGUGUUCGUUGUAUAUUGAAACAUUUAUUUCCUGUACCGAAAGAUGAUUCUAAACGUGUGGUUACAUGGUACGAGGAGGAUGAUGUCAUAUGUUUCAGACACCACACAUAUAAAUAUAUGGAUAAAAAAUUGGAACUAACUGAACAUGGGCCUUCAUUCGAUUUACGUUUGUAUAAAAUUUGGCGUGGACCGUUACAUGAAGAAGCCACAGCGGAUAUUGAGUGGGUUUAUCGACCGUAUAUGAAUACCACUUUUAAAAGACGAUUUUUAUCAGAACCACCAUCUCCUUGAACCUUAUUAUGUAAAUAAAAUCAAACUUG